AUGGCCAAAUUAAGCUUGCUGUGUGCGCUCUUCAUUGCCUUCUUUACUAUCCCUUCUCUAUGCUGUCCUGAAGAUCAAAAACAAGCACUCCUCCAAUUCAAAUCCUUGUUAGUCAAAGCUACAAAUAUUUCUUCAGAUGAUCCAUUAUUUGCCUUGACAUCAUGGAACGAAACCUCAGAUUGUUGUGAAUGGGACAGGGUCAUGUGUAGCUCUCGAUCAAAUUCAAGGGCUGUGGUUGCUCUCUAUUGUGAUUCACUUGUUUACAUCUCAUCUUUAGAGCCAAUCCUUGUUGAUUACAGAGUCUUAACACCACUCUUUCAGGUUAAAAGUUUGAUGUAUCUUGAUUUAUACUCAAAUAACUUACAUGGAGAUAUACCUGGUACAGGGUUUGCUAAUCUCAGUAAGUUGGUGCAUCUUGACAUGUCGGUGAAUAACUUCACUGGCUCAAUUCCUCCUCAGAUUUUCCACUUGAAGUAUCUUCAGCAUCUUGACUUGAGUAGUAAUGCACUUGCUGGCAACUUAAACCAGGAAAUGUUUACACUCCAGAAUUUGAGGUUAUUGAAAUUGGAAGCAAAUUUGCUUGAAGGUGGCGUUCCUGAGGAGAUUGGGAAUCUAAAGAAGCUGCAGGAGCUGUCUCUUCGCAGCAAUAAGUUAUCUGGUGGGAUUCCUUCUUCCAUUCUCUCUUUGAUGGACUUAAAUCUGCUGGAUCUGAGAGACAAUCUUUUGACGAUGGAAAUUCCUGAUGGAAUUGGUGAUUUAACCAACAUGACCACUUUGGCCUUGAGUGACAACAAGCUGACUGGUGGAAUCCCCUCAUCCAUACAGAAACUAAGCAAUCUGGAAACACUUCUGUUGCAGAAUAACUUCCUCUCUGGAGAAAUACCAUCCUGGCUGUUUGAUAUUAAGAGCCUGAAGAAAUUGUUUCUAGGGGGGAAUCAAAACCUGACCUGGAACAACACUGCAAAGAUAGUGCCAAAGUGUAUGUUAUCUGAGUUAUCUCUGAAAUCAUGUGGACUAGCAGGAAAAAUCCCAGAUUGGAUUUCCACACAGAAGAGCCUUGUUUACCUGGAUUUGAGUGAGAACAAGCUUGAAGGACCCUUCCCAUUGUGGCUUGCAGAAAUGGAAGUUGGCAACAUUUUUCUGUCUGAUAAUCAGCUGUCAGGUUCUCCCCCGCGUCUCUUCCAAACCCUAAACUUAUCAGUCCUUUCUCUCUCGCGGAACAAUUUCUCUGGAGAGUUGCCAGAAAACAUUGGAGAUGCCAGUAGGUUAAUGAUUCUUAUGUUGGCUGGAAAUAAUUUUUCUGGGAAGAUUCCAGCAUCAAUAACAAAUAUUUACCGCCUUCUUCUGUUGGAUUUAGCAAGAAAUAGUUUUACGGGAAGCUCUCCAGUUUUUGAUCCUGAUGCAUUAUUAGCAAUCAUUGAUUUCUCCUAUAAUCAGUUAUCAGGUGAGGUUCCAGUGACAUUUUCUCAGGAAACUAGAAUACUUUUCUUAGGAAAUAAUAAUUUCUCAGGCAACUUGCCUCGGAACCUCACUAAUCUUAGCAAGCUUGAGCAACUAGAUCUGCAUGACAACAAAAUCGCCGGUGAAUUGCCAGGGUUUCUCUUCCAGAUGUCCACCAUUCAAAUUCUAAAUCUGAGAAACAAUUCUAUCCAGGGUUCUAUUCGUGAGAAAAUUGCCAAUCUAACCAGUCUCCGAAUUCUUGAUGUCUCAAGCAACAACCUCACUGGCGAAAUCCCUGUUAAGUUUGGAAAUAUGGUUGCAAUGAUUGAGACAGCAAGCACAUUUUCAACGAUCUCCGAUAUGUUCACAUUCUUGGUUGAGAUUAAUGACUUGAUCGUCAACUGGAAGAAGUCCAAACAAGGCCUUUCCAGCCACAGCCUGGACAUCUACUCUUUGUUAGACCUGUCACUGAACAAAUUUUCCGGGCAAAUUCCUGCUUCACUCGGUUCCUUAAAAGGUCUAAAGCUACUUAACAUCUCAUACAAUAGUCUCUCUGGAAGCAUACCAGAAAGUUUUGGUGAUUUAAAGAGUCUAGAGAGCUUGGACCUGUCACACAAUCAACUUUCUGGCCAGAUUCCUGAAACUUUUGCAAAGCUGCAACAACUUACUAAUUUAGAUGUCAGUAACAACAGGCUAGUGGGAAAAAUCCCAAUUGGUGGCCAGAUGGACACAAUGGAUGAUCCUAGCUGCUAUGCUAACAACAGUGGGUUGUGUGGUAUGCAAAUUGGGAAUCCUUGUCCAAUCAAGAUUACACCAGCAGUGCCAGAAGAGGAUGAAAAGAUGGUGGCAUGGUUUUCUUGGGAAGCAGUAGGGAUUGGAUACUGUGUCGCAUUUUUUGCAACAGUUCUGAUUAUAUAUUUCACUGGAUUUUUUCAUGUACCACCACCUAGACGCCGAAGACGGGCUAAACGAUUUAAGUUCAACCCGGUAAACUGUGCAAUAUGCUUCAACUACUUUACUCUCUGUGAUACUCUUUCUCAGUGAAUUUUAGAGGUGGCCUGGUAUUUCUGUUUACUUCCAAUUAGGAGUUGUCUAAUACUUUUUGAGUCAGUUUAACAAUAAAUAAUAGUACCACAAGAGUUUGUUUAAGCUUGUAUAUUAUCUCUCAAUCUUCAAUCUCAAUUCUAAUGGUCUGUGUUGUGUCUGGUGCUUGCUUUCUCAAAGUUUCAGUGUUUUUUCAGUCAGUGAGGAUGAAUUACUCCACCAUGAUGCUUCUGAUAUAUAUUUUUGUGUAUCUUAUAAUACAGAAGAAUAGCAAAAAGUU